GCGGGAUUACGGAGAGAAGUGCGGUCCAGCUAUGUUGAUUCAGAUGUAAAAAAAAAAAAAAAAAGGAAAAGGAAAGAAGAAGACUGGACUAACAGGGAGUCGCGUACGUUUGCUGUUCGCAUGGAUUAAUUUUUGUUUUAUAGUGGAGGGGGGGGAAGUUUUUCAGCACGGCGGUGGGGGGAAUUGUUAGAAAACGACAAAAAAAAACCCCCAAACCCCGCCUUCAACUCCACCGGCUACGGGACAUUUUGGCGACCUGGCUCCAACACUCGGGGCCCCCCCCCCCACCACCACCACCCCUCCUCCUCCUCCUCCGCCGCCGCUGCACGUAGUGAAGGUUGAUAUGCCACAUCAGUGAUGGAGCCCAUGACGGUGACGACGUCGGUGGUCGGACCGGAGGAGUUCGACCGCAAUGCCCCGCGGAUCUGCGGCGUGUGCGGUGACAAGGCCACCGGCUUCCACUUCAAUGCCAUGACCUGCGAGGGCUGCAAAGGGUUCUUUAGGCGCAGUAUGAAGCGUAAAGCCUCUUUCACUUGUCCGUUCAACGGAAGCUGCACCAUCACCAAGGACAACCGGCGCCACUGCCAGGCCUGUCGGCUCAAACGCUGCGUCGACAUCGGCAUGAUGAAAGAGUUCAUCCUUACAGACGAAGAGGUUCAGAGGAAGAAAGACAUGAUACUGAAGAGGAAGGAGGAAGAGGCGGCCCGGGAGGCAAUGAGGCCACGUCUGAACGAGGAUCAGGCUCGGAUGAUCUCCUCUCUGGUGGAAGCUCACCACAAGACCUACGAUGCCUCCUACUCUGACUUCUCCCGCUUCAGGCCCCCAGUGCGUGAAGGCCCAGUAACACGCAGUGCCAGCAGAGCGGCCUCCCUUCACUCCCUGUCCGAUGCCUCCUCUGACUCAUUCAACCACUCUCCCGAGUCCGUGGACACCAAGAUGAACUUGAGCAACUUGUUAAUGAUGUACCAGGAUGGCGCGAGCAGUCCAGACUCCAACGAGGACGACUCUAAGCUGUCCAUGCUUCCCCACCUGGCCGACCUGGUCUCCUACAGCAUCCAGAAGGUCAUCGGUUUUGCCAAGAUGAUUCCGGGCUUCAGAGAUCUGACGGCCGAGGACCAGAUCGCUCUGUUGAAGUCAAGUGCCAUCGAGAUCAUCAUGCUGCGGUCCAACCAGUCUUUCAGUCUGGAGGACAUGUCCUGGAGCUGCGGAGGGCCCGACUUCAAGUACUGCAUCAACGACGUCACAAAGGCGGGUCACACGCUGGAGCUGCUGGAGCCGCUGGUGAAGUUCCAGGUCGGGCUGAAGAAACUCAACCUGCAUGAAGAGGAACACGUGCUGCUCAUGGGCAUCUGCCUGCUCUCCCCAGAUCGUCCCGGCGUCCAGGACCACGCCCGUGUCGAGCAGCUCCAGGACCAUCUGUCGGAGGCGUUGCAGGCCUACAUCCGGAUCAACCACCCAGGCGGGCGCCUCCUCUACGCCAAGAUGAUCCAGAAGCUGGCUGACCUGCGCAGCCUGAACGAGGAGCACUCCAAGCAGUACCGCUCACUCUCCUUCCAGCCCGAGCACAGCAUGCAGCUCACCCCGCUGGUGCUGGAGGUGUUCGGCAGCGAGGUGUCAUAGCAGUGGAGGGGGCAGGCGCGUCUACUCCCUCAUCACACGCAGGAUGAUUAACCAACCCUCCCCACCUUGUCCCUGAGAAAUGCCCCAGCCUUGAUACAUCCCUGGACGCGUUGGAGAAAGAUGGAUAAUCAGAUAGACGGUAACAUUCACCUCUUCAUCCUUGGCCCUCAUCCUUUUUCCUCCUCUUCCUCCUGAUCUACAGGAGCAAAGCUCAGAUGUCUCGGACCUAUGAAUUUGUGGAUUUCUUUUUUUCGAAUCCCGCUAUGGAUUUCUGCGGCACCUCUAAUUGCGUUACAUUUCCUCACGUCAUGCGGAUGUGGUGACUCACAGACGUCUGGAGUGACAAUCCAGAUCCUCUCCACAUGCACAAACUCCAGAUUUGCCUUUUCUCAUCAGCACCACCGUUCUCCAGACAUCACUUCUCGAUUUCUGCCGUGUUUUUUAACAGCGGAGACGACUCGACGGACGUGACCGUCACGUUCCUUUUCUAACCAUCAAUCCUUAUGACGUCGCUUCAGGUCCACAUCAACAGGUCCAUCUAUUAACCAUUCUGGCACUUACAGAUACAUUUCUCGCAGUGUUACAGUACUUUUACUACUCUGGCCACACUGGUCGCUACAAACUGUUGUUUAUUUACAGUUUGUCGGCAGCAAAUACAUCCAAAUAUAUUAAAAACAUCAACAUGACGAUGGACAAGCUUACGAUAAUGUAAUUGGGGAUGCACCGAUCUGAUACAAAUACUGAAACCUCGGCCAAGUACCGAGUCAAUGCCAGUUUUUACAUUAAUAAUCUUUACUUCUCACUGAGUGGAAGAGACCAAGAUCAUCCUUCGCUGUGGUGUAGCAAGUUAAAUACCUCCAAACUGCUGACCUUUUGUUUUCAGCUCCCUGACAUAGUACAUACAGGUAGAAUAACAUAGAAUUGAAUUGAAUAGAUCGGCCCCAUAUAUGGGCUCUAUCGUCAUGAAAACCCUGAUCCAGCUAAUCAGUGUCCAACCCGAUAUCCGACAUCGCAUCGGUGCAUCCCUAAAUGUAAUGUUAAUACUGGGGGUGGUGGAGCAGGGGGGGGGGGUGGGGGGGGUUCCUCCUGCUCGGCCCCGUGUCUGUGUGCAGCAGAGCUCUCACACACUCACAUGAAGUGAAGGAAGGAAGAGUCAGCGGAGGACAGGUUGAGAGUCGGAGCGAUGAGUCAAGGAGGUCGGAGAGAUGGAGGGAUAUGCUACAGUUGGAAUUCCCUGCUCACAAGACAAAAGGGAAUUUCACAAAAAACAAGAAUGUAUGUAUAAUGCUAUAUAAAUAUAAAUGAUACGUAUAAGCUGAUAUAUAUAUAUAUAUAUAUAUAUAUAUAUAUAUAUAUAUAUAUAUAUAUAUAUAUAUAUAUAUAUAUAUGUGUGUGUGUGUAUACAUAUAUAUAUAUAUUAUAUCAAGGAAGCAAAUUGUUCAGACUGUUGUAUAAUGUAGAGGAUUCGGAGGCCCCUCAGCUGUGUGUGGACGUGUGAUCUUUCAAAAGACCACACGUCCACACGCGCGCACGAGAAAGCACUGAGAAGUGUGUGUGCGCGCGCGCGCGAGGAGUCCUUCUAUUUUUGUGAUGCGUGUACAGUAUAUGAGAAUAUUGAUGGACCACAAGGGGGUGUGUGUACAGGCUCUGACUGAGGGUUCGAUGCAGGAAAGCACUUUUCAGUUGGAUAUUUCGUCGUCAUUGGACCUGUGAAGUUUGUCGACUGACACAACGUCAUGUUUUUCGUGGAUAGUGAUUAUCCAAAAGAGAAAAAGAAAAAGAGAAAAAAAAAAUUUGUUCGGUCUGUCUGGUUAGAUUGCUGCUAAGACAGUUAGAGCUAGAUGGUUGGCUAUAAAACCAACUAACCGGCUGUUGCCUCAGGGAAAAGUUUGUCUGACGAUGUUGUGUACGUGGUGUUUACGGUGUGUGUGAGUGUGUGGGGCGUAAGCUUACAAUCAUGAGACGGAGAUUGUUUUUUGAAGCUCUAGGAUUCACUGUGAUUUCUAAUCAUACUAAACAACAGCAUAAGUAAGCUAAAAGUCAAACUUAAAAAAAAUAAUAAUAAAAAAACGAUUAACCCUUUGCAAUUUUCAUUCCUAAGCUCCGGUUCAUUAAAUGAAAAUGAAAACUCCUCUUAUGAAAAGGGUUAACAUUAUUGUACGACGCAUAAGAGAACAUUAGAGCUAAAGUACACACCCAUUAAAUGGCUGAUGGCUACAUUAAAAAAAAAGAAAAAGAAUACAGUCAUCAGUGUUUAAAACAUUGCUUGAUUAAUAUCAGCCUCAACUGGUAUAGUUAGUUGUUUCUUUCUUCAGGGCAAAUUAAAUAUUCUACAGAUGGUAGCAAUAUACAGUGAUAGAACAAUGUAUAGACUAUAUAGUGUCUGUUGUUUGUUUUUUGAAUGAAAUCCUUCAGAUGCUCGUAACAGCAGGACAGAAAUGUAAGACACGAGAAAGACGUUUAUUUUUUUUUUUAUAUUCACCAUCAAACCAAGCCUCAUACUGUUUCAUGUCACAUUGAUAUCAUUUUCAACACCAGCCGCAUAAGCGAGGUUUAGGAUGUUCCUUUUUCAACAUCACCUACAUAUCAUAUCACCCCUCUCUCUGUUGGGACACGGUGCGCGCUCUCUCCCUCACGCAGUCCUGGAUCGCCCCCUUGUGGACAAACCUUGUAAAUACCACUUGCUAAGUCUGUACAUAGUCUAGAGAUUAACGUAGGCAAAAUACUAAGAGAACUCAAUUGUUUUGACGGCAGGAUGCUCUGGAGAUGCAGCACUAUAUGCAAUUAAGGAGAUGGACUCUUAUGUUGUAUUUAACUCGAAUGUGCAGAGGCGACGGUCCCCGGUGAGCUUACUGAGUUGUUUUCAGGGGGCACUGAAGAAAAGUGUCCGCUGGUGGGUUGUUGUCUUUUAUGACUGAACGUCUUGGUCGCCAAUAUUCACACAUUCAAAUUAGUGUUUCACAGACUAGAGCGGACCAGCGUUGGUCCAACCCUAUUUCGGAUGAUGCUCUUUCUGAAAUGAACAUUCCCAGUGGAGUAUGUGUUUGACUAUUCCUACUGUCUGAGUCUCACACACGCUCCCCGAAAACACACACACACACACACACACACACACACACAACAGUCAAUCAGUGUGAACCCCUGGCAGCCACCCAACAACUCAGUAUGCCUCCACAGGAAGUGUCCUCUCUGUCCGUUCCAAGCUUAUGGAUGUACGUCUGUUCUCUCUCUCUCUCUCUCUAAAGUCAAUCGAUAAGCUUUUGACAAUUAUACAGUAUAUCCAUAAUAUUUUAAUUUUGAUGAUUUUUGAUCUCUUUUUUUUUCUUCUUCUGUUUUGUUCUGUUCAAGAUUGUAAAUCAACGUGUUUCAGACUUUGCUGUCUAGCUUGUGCUUGGCUUGCCGCACUUGGGUGUCAUGUCAAACGAAGCAGCGAUGAGCAAAGUGGAACUCCUGGAGCCUUUUUCCACGUGCUCGCCGGUCCCGCGUCCCCUCGACUUCAACCGGGUGAAUACACAACGGCCAUUUUGACCCAAAGUCGUGGCUUUAACUUCUUGAUUGGACGAGGGAAGGGACACCGGGGACCGUUCCCCUUCCUUUCCCUACUGGAGUCACUAUAAACUCGUCGGUGCAGCCGCGCUCCACCUGGACCUGCAACCUGAAGGGGAAGGAACUCGGCGGAGCUCAGUCGGCGGAGCUCAGUCUUUGCGAGUGGAAAGGCGGCCCCCAGCUCUGCCUUUUCAAAAAUGAAAAAAGAGCUACAUCUGCUUUUCCAGCAGCACGGUGUCAAACACAAUCAAGUGAUCAUGAACUAACACUGCCUCAACUGACUGACAGGAUCUAGCCAAUGGCAAACUGUCGCUACGCAACAGCAUGCGCGUGCCUCUUCAUCCGUCAACCGACCAUCUAACCGCCUCUUCUUCUGCAAUAGCCAAUUACAGCAGGAUUGCUCUUCAUAGCUUUAACUCGGCAGCCGGUCAGUCUCUGCCUUUGGGGAAAAAAAGAGAAAAAAAUACGGUGGCGCACCAAGGGCUGAUGGGAGUCGGACGUUCGGCGGAACAGCUGCUCUGGGAUUCGGACGUGCGCGCGACGACGGAGGAGCGGCUCCUUUGUGUCCCGACAGACCCAGAACACCUUUGGAGUGGACGUCCGGAAGACUGUGUAGACUCUGUAUUGAAGGAUCAUAGGAGAUAAAACAAAAACAAAAAGUAUUUUUUUCGCCACAGGCAGACGUAGUGACAUGCUGUACAGUGACCGACAAGACGUCGCCUCCUAAAAACCCAAAGUGUGACAUUACCUUUCUCACUACUUUGUGUCUCGCAAACCGCAGCUCUUGAAAUUUUUACUGAAUAGUUGUUGAAUGACGUAAAAAAAAGAAAAGAAAAAAACACACAAAAAAAAAAACCCCGUGGACUUUUUACAUACAACAUCAGCACCUACAUCCUCUGUUUGAAAAAAAAAAAAAAGGAAUGCAGGACGGGGCUGACGGUGGGCGGGGUGUUGGGCGAGAGUCCGCUCGGUUUCAAGGGUCCUGAGAGCGAAAUCUCACCGAUCUAACUUUGUAUCUUACGCCGCCGACUUUCAUUUCCUCAUUUUCCCUCGUCGAUGGUUGAGUUUCAGCUCAAACGCGCACCGCGGGGACUGUAGAUUUGACGUCGGGAGACGCUCAGCGCUCAACAUGGACCCAAAACCAUCGCUGAGGUCCCGCCCCCGCCCCGCCCCGCCCCGCCCCGGCCCCUCACCCCUCCUCCUCCCCUCGACCCAGGUCAGCAGCUCCACCUCAGUAGCCUUACUAAUGGAAACCUCACUCAGCUGGAAACAUUAAAACAGAUACCUCAGUAAUUUACAGAAUGACUUUUUACCAUAGCUUUUAAGGGAACCAAACACACACCACACACACACACACACACACACACACACACACACACACACACACACACUCUCUCACACGGACAUUCUACAGCUCUCUCCUCAGUCUUUGCACUGGCUUUACGAUCACACACACAGUAAACCCGGUUGUUUUAUGAAGUGGAAGAUUGUCCAGCAGAACCCCGUUGCCAGUAGACCAGUCAGUAUACGAGUGGAUCCCAAUGUUUCUAGAUGUUUAACGGUCACUCUCCUUUGUUUCUUCUGCUCGAUCCUCGUCUCGGCCUCAUUCUGUUUCCUCUCACUGUCGUCUCUCUCUCUCUCUCUCUCUCUCUCUCUCGACGACGUGCCGCUAAGCUUAGGCGCUGCUGCGUUUUAACCAAACAUACUACCUCUCCCUUCUGCACAUACAUACAUAUAUAUGUAUAUAUAUAUAUUUUCUUUUUGUUGGAAGCAUGACUUUUUUUUCAUUUUUUAUUACGAGGCAUCUCUUUUUAAUUUUUACACUAAUUUAGAGAGGGUUUCUUCUUUUCUUUCCGUGUGUAUAUGUACAGUAUAUUCCUUUUUAUCUCGUUGUCUUUUCAAAUGCUGGAUGAUUUUUACCUCAGAUCUCACUACAAGCCUACAAAUCUUAAAGUCAGUGCAUCAGUGCAUCAGAGGCCUGGUUGGCGUCGCGCUCCCACCGGACUGUGUCGACGCGUUUACAUAUGUUUUUUUUUGAAAAAACAACUUUGCAUGGCUCCGUUCACAUAGCAGAUGAUAGAUUCUUUUUACUUCUUUCUUUUUACUCUUUCAAUGUGGCACAGAUCUGCUAUUUAUUUCUAGACACAAAAUGAACUCGGUCUAACCUGGAUGACGUGUCCUGUCAUGGAAAGUGUCUGACAGAGAGUUGAGCUCCAUCUUUACAGCUCAAUACUUUAAUCCCUGUCAACUUUGUAAACUGAGUUUGCAGAGCGACAACGAUGCAGACGAGACGACUCGGCCUACUCUCAGUCAUGCAGGGGGUUCCUAUAUUCAUCCAGGAGAUGAGGUUUAAAAAAACCAUUAUAGUAGAAAUGGGAAAGAGGUAUUGAUACUCUUAUUUAAUGUAUCUCGGCGUGAAAGCAGAACUCUAGAUUGCAGGGCUAUUGAAACGACCAAAAGCAAAAUCUGCAUCAAAGCAUCCUUGUAAAGAAAAGGAUGAAAAAGGGGCGGUGGGUCGAAGAAGUGCGCGGCCGGGGCCGAGAUGAAAGCUGCUCUGUGAACGUAGCCUGAACCCUCGGAGGUGCCGAGUGGAUGUGGGUCUGCUCACGGGAGGCGGGCGGCCCCUGCUUCAGUCGACCGGCGCCUUGGAAUACACUUAAACUAACAGGCGCUGCCGCCAGCCGAUCGGCGAACCUCUCCGUCAGGCCGCUGCUCUGUCCCUACAGCUGACAUGUAGAGUACUGACAGUAACCUCCGACACCGCGUUGCCCUCCUUCGGCUCUGCCGUUGUGUCGCAGGUUUCCCGCGCGUUUCUCCGUAGCUGUCGCCUUUCUCUUUUUUUUUUUGCUGCAAGGUCUGAUAAGGGUUUGUAACAUUGGGAUCCUGUUUUAGAAGUUAAAGAUACAAAUAGUGUUGGCUUUUAUUUUCUGCUCAGCAGCCAGCCAAGUCUCUCACACACCCUCUCUGCACUCUGCCUUCUUCUAAUCGUCUAACUCUGGUUCUGAAUCCGUCGUCUGUUCGCUGCGCUCGCUCGCUCAGCUUCCAGACGACCAGGCCUUCGACACGCACGCUGUGAAUGACACACACACACACACCCCCACACACACGCACGCACGCACGCACACACACCAAGCCUUUAGUGAUCACGUGAUGACGUCACCUCUCGGCUCCUCCAAGGUUCAUUUGUUUACCGUCAGCGGCUGUUGGUCGACAGCGGCACAGACAGAUAUGCAAAAUUCACGUUCAGCACUUACAGAUGAUUUCGUAUUGAAUGAUUUGUUUUAUUGAAUCGAGGACGUAUCUGACGCGUGGCAUUUUGGGGGGGGGGGGGGGUCCGAGAAUUUGAGUUUAACCUGACACCAAAAAAAAAAGUGAUGCCCACUUUGUCAAAACAGAAGGAAUUUUGAUUAAUGUUGAUGAUGAUAUUAGCUGUAUCCUGAAAAAAAUGAAAUGACAAAAAAAUGUAAUAUUAGGGUAUUUUUAUGUCAGAUUGCGGAGUGAUAUUAGUGUAGAGUGGCCCCGGUUCAAGCGCCCAUAUUGUGCUUUUUGCCCCCAGUCUAUUAUUAUGUCAUAUAAAGUUACUAUUCCUGGCUUUUGUUUUUCAUAAAGCAUCUAUAACCCUAAGUAACAUGCAACGUACUCGCGUCCGUAGAGUUUUUAGCUGCUCUGGUCUCGUCUGCGAUGGUGGUUCAGGUGUAUAUCGGCAGAACCGGUGUUGCCGUAGCUACAGAGGUAGUCGACAGCUCACUAGUCAGAGCAGACUGGGCCCUUUUCUGGAGGCGGGUAAAACGAGAACGAUGUAGACAGUUGGGGGGGGAGGAUAUGUAUAGGAUAUACGGCAUAUAAUGCAUCUUUCUUAACAGUGCAGCGUGUAAUCCUAUUCUAGUAAAUAAUGAACCUGUAAAAGACGGAAUAUGGGCCCGUGACGGUGCGCGGCCCCCGAUGAUUCACUGAACCUGAGGAGAGCAGGUGGACGGGAAGUCGUCCUCUGUGGUAAACACGGAACGCUUUUCAUUCAACGGCGACGGUCGGCCGUCUGUUGCUCCGGUCGCAUUUCUCUGCUACCUCUUUAAAUCUGCGCUUGCUCGUACACACAUGCACUUACUCACAGAUCAACACACACUUAUACUGACUGACUGAAAAAAAAGGCAGACACUGAACACACACACACACACACACUCUCUGAUCAACACACACACACACGCAUACAACGCACUCUUCUGUGCACUUCUUUCUCCCUCACCAGCAGUUCUUGCCAAUGAUGCACUUGUGUUUUUGUCUCUAAAUGCUCUGCAAAGCGUGUGAUGUCAAAAAAAACGGUUUGUUGUCAUCUUCUCUCUUUUUUUUUUUAUAAAAUAAAAAAAGAAACUCUAAUCUCUAUAGGAAAAAGCCCUGGAGCUAGCCAGGCGGUUAGAGAAAUCAAAUUGAAGAUUAAUCGCGUUCAGUACAUGCAGACAGUUUCACGUCUUUAAAGACAAACGGACAUAAAUGCACAUAUUGCUCAGCUCAGUUGUACCUUGGUGUGCCUAGAACCCACAGCCUUAUUUUGGGACAAUAUCAGGGGUUUUAAAGCAGAAUACAGGACGACCCGUCUUCGUAUCGCUGAUGUUAAGACGGUUUCCUUGAGUUUUAGUAGCUGUUUUGUUUUUUUCGUCGUCUUCUCCUCAUAUCCACGCAUUUGUUAGCUUCUCAAAUUGUUGUAUCAGUUUUCGAUGAGUCAACAGUAGCUGGCUCACGGGAGGUGCGCGUGACGAGGAUGUGCUACGUCGCCGUGCUUCUCUGCUGGUCGUUCUCCUUGUCUCGAUUAGUACUUUUAUUUAUUCCCCAGACAUUUGGUCCUUAUAAAGCCCGUCUGCUUUCUAAAAAAGGAUCCCUACUGAUGCAACAGUCUAAUGAAAUGUCCCCCUUUCGAUUUUUCAACUGGAGAACGUCCAGCAGACCGUGAACAUCCCGAAGCACGACCCGUCCUCGUCGUCGGGAGAACGGAAAAUCUGAAAUCUUUCGAAUCGUAGUUUAUCUCAGUAGAGUCCCAAGAUAAGUACCUUUACCUUCACGCGCGCACACCACGUCGCAGUAUAACUCACCAGACCUCAGUGCUUCUAGCAGGAACUCGUCUUUUCAACGUAUACAGUUGCCAUGGCAAUCGCUGUUGAUGGCACCGUCAAUAGCCCGAUACCAUAAUAAAUAGUGUUAUACAUUCAGUACCUUAACCGAUGUCUCUCUUCGUGGUUAAAAAGAAAUCACCGCCUGUUUUUAUUUUGUUUUUGUUUGUGUGUGUGUUGCUCUUUUUCUUUUUGCUCUUCUCUUGGAAGUUGAUCCAUUGUACUUUUGAUUACAUGCAUUGUAUGUAGUAAAAAUACUGAUGAUGUUUUGGGGAAAUCACAAAUAAAACAGCUGUACAUAAUGAUGCAAAACA